AUGCUUUUCUACACGCGCAAGAACAUGGGAACACUGGCCGCGGCCCUGAGCCGAUGGUCCACAUACGUGCAGCAGCGCAAAGCACAGACGUUCCGUGCUGCAAUGGCGCGUGGUCUUCGCACGCACUGCUUGCUCAGUUCUGCCUUUGCUGCCUGGCGGAGUUGCGAUCACAGUGAGAGACGUCUGGCGAUAGGGUGGCGAGAAGACUCGCAGCAUGGCGCCUCAGAGGACUUGUUCCUCAUCGAGACCAGCUUCAGAGCAGAGUCAGAAAGCGACCAGAAUGGCUGUGCUGCUGGGCAUGACCUGGACAAUAGCGAGCCAUCAACGCCACCUGCUGACGAUUCACCUUUGGCCCUGGUGCCAUUCGGCGAGAGUUCCCUGCCGAGCACAACGAGUAUGGAACAACACACGUACAGGGGCGUGCGGGUGGCUUCCAGCGCACUGCGAAGAGCCGCAGAAAGGAGCAGCGCAUCCGGCGAGGCAGCAUCGCCGCUGCAGCCGCCGUGGAGCCCAGCUGGCGUCCGCAGAGCGCCCCUCAGCCAAUCGGCGCCGCUGCUGCACCUGCUGCAGGCCCGGGUGGCCGAGCGCAAGCAGCGCCAGCUGCAGCUGCAGCGCACCUCCUCGCCAGCAGCUGCUCUGGCGCGCCUCACUGCAGGGCGGGGGCGCAGGCCAGUUGUCCAGCAGAGCAAUGGGCUGCCAGCAGCUGUAGUAGAGGCUGAACUGGAGGAAGGCAAGGGGGACAGAUCGUGCACGAGCUCGGAUUCAGCGCACUCGAGCAGCUAUGUGGAGGGUGAGUGCGCAUCCAGCCACAGUCCAAUUGAUAUGGGCAGCAGCUCUGAGGCGCUGGCAGUUGACGUGAGGAGCGCAAGCCACGCCAUCCCAGCACACACAGACAGCAUUACACCGGCAGUGCAGCUGCAGCAAAUGCGCACGCCGGCUGCGGCCGCCUCCGGCCAAUCAGAGCCCGGCAUGCCGGCCGCGCCUUAUCAAGACGCCGGCCACCUCUGCACCGCGCCAAGCCAGCCCAGCAGCGCGGUCCCGGGACGGCCGUGCGACGGCGUGCCUGUCGCUGCAGUAUCUAGCAGCCACAACAGCAAGCAUGCAUUGGAGAGGGUCAGUGUCUGUGGUGUUGCUGGGAUAGUGGCCAGCGCGGCUGUCAGCGGCAGAGGGAGGCCGAGGGAUCAAGACGCGAGGCGCAAGCUGGCGCUGCAGGCGCGGCUGGCGGCGCUGCUGCGGGUCGAGGCGCAGCGCGGCCUCAGGACGUCCACACGCCAUACAGAUACCCCUGACAAAGUCUCCAGGAUUGAGGAAAAGGCAUCCAGCCGGCUGUAUGCAGAGGACCUGUGCAGGAGGGCAUUGCAGGCUUUCCAGGCUUGGAGCAUGCAUAGCCAGUCACAGCAGCAUGCCUGCCUGAGACAGCUCUUUGGCAGCUGGAGGGGCUUGGUCUUGUUCAGCAAAGCGGCUCAGGAGGUCGAAGGGGCAAGGGAGCGAGGGCGGCUGUGCCAGGCCUUCCACCAGUGGCAGCUGCAGAGCCUCAGGUCCAAGCUGCACUCGGUCACCCUGGCGCUAGCAGCAAGCGCAGCAGCCCCUAAUGCCACAUCAGCCACCAAUGCACAGGAACAGUUCCCACCAGCUGCCAACAUGGAGCUCGCACUGCGGCAGGUGCCGGCACAUGCAGCGGAGGUUCCUUGCCCACCAGUCUGCGAUGAGCGGCUGGGGAGCGAACAGGGCAGCAAUCAGGCACCGCUCACAGAUGCACAAGCUGCAGCAGAGGUCAUUGGAUCAGCUGCGCAGGUGGCUGACAUAGCAAGGGAGGUCAGUGAAGCCCUUGUUGGAGCCACACUGAUGGACAUCAGCGGUGCAGACCAGUCAGACAACGCCUCAGAGCCGUUGCAGGCCUGGGGCGGGGAUGGCGGGGCAGUCAGCGGCCAGGCUAGCCGGCGAUGGGCGGCAGAGGCUACCGGUGACUUGGCGCUAGAGCGUGGUGCAUGCAAGCCGGCCGCUGGAGCGGACAGCCCCGUGGCCAGCCGGGUUCCCCCACAGCAUGCAGCAGCGACGAAUGCAGGGAGAUUUGUAGAUGUGCUGCACCCAGAUGACGAUGGUCUGCUGGAGUGGGUGAGCAGCAGCUGCUGCAGCAAUGCGCCAGUUGGCAUCGGGAGCUGCGCCAUGGAGACUACCGAGUCAGAUGAGCAGCACAUGCAGGCCACAGCUGCCGCCAGCUGCAAUGCACCUCAGCAGGAGCCUCCGGCCGCACAGUACCACAGCCCAGCAGCUGCACGGAAGCCUGACUCCUUUGCCAGCAGGAUCGCCCCCAUGCUGCUGCCUGAGCCGACCUCCUUCGGUCAGCAGUGGGCCGCUGCGCGCGGAUUGGACAGCCCGGGCUCUCCCGGUGGAUGCGGACGCCUAAUGGCUGCUCAUCAGGAAGCGCUGGCGGAAGGCUACACCGAGGUAGUUGCAUCCUGCAGUCGUCCAGCAGGCCCGCCCACCGCAUUCACCUCUGCUGCAAGCAUAAAAGGUGCAGCAUCAACCGCCUCAGCAUGCUUGCUGCAGCCUGCAGAUGACCUUGACCUGUCUGCAGCGGCGUCUGACAUCAGUCUGCAGUCGCCUGUGGGCAGCGCAUCAGCAGAUGCAUGGCCCGUCGACAGCAACAUAUGGGAUGAAGAGCCGCAGGGCAAGCACGCUCCAGAACUGCAGCAGCCCAGAGACUGCCAGACCCGGGCAGCGGUGGCUGCCCUUUUGGGCAGCCCGGGGGCGCCAUCAAUGCAGAUUGCUCCGAUGGUGUGCGCAGCGUUUGGCCCCGGCAGUGGCGGUUUUGUGCAUGCCGACGCGCUCGCAAGCCCCAUCACCCUCGCGAAGGAGGGCGCGCCCCGGGACGGUCGCCCGGCGGCCACGGCGCCCAUUGAGCGGCGUCGCCUCGGCGGCGCGCGGCUGUCGCAGAGCUCCGGGUGGUCGUCGGAGCAGGGCAGCUGCUCCGGCGAUGAGUCAGCGGAUGACUCAUCCCGGGAGCGGCUGCGCAAGCGCCUCUUCCACAGCGUCGACUGCCGCUCGAUCAUGGCCUGCCCUCCCAGCGACUGCAUGGCAGCACCUGCGGUCACCUGCCAGGCACCUGACACAGGACAGCGACUGCCCAGCCCGCGGCGCAUGAGGCGAGAGGGUGCAGAUGCUCUGGCUCUGCAGGGGUUUUGGAGUGGAGGCCCGGGGGGUCCGCUGCAGCAGGGGCGCAUGGGUGUGGGGCCGUGGGAUGUGCAGUCUGCGGCGGGCGGCGCUGCUGCGCAGCUGAUGCCGGCGCCGCUCGAAGCCGGGUGCCUAGGGGCCAGCCGUGUCCGCAGCCUCACGGCCUCCUUUGAGGCUGCUGCCAGCUCGAACAAGACUCAGCACAUGUCAGACAGGAGGGAGCCAGCGCAGCCGUUCUUUCACGGGUGGCAGGUCGCAGCCGCGGUGCUACCCGUUUGA